GUGAUGAAUAUAAAUUAGUGAACUGUAAGCUCUGACUGAGCAUUGUGUGGUUUUUGGCAUUCGAUGAUUUUUGUCGCGGUUUUUUAAAAUGGUAAAAAUAACUGUAUGAUUUUGUGAGCGUAUAUUGUGCGCUUAGCUUACAAUAGAAAGUAAAAGCUGUAACUUAAUAUAGGCUGUAAUAUAGACCUGCGUAAAGGCAAUCUGUCUAUUGCUUCCUGCUUUCAACAAAUUUAUUUGUUUCUAUAGCAGGUCAAUUUGAAAACUUUAUAAGUUCCGAAGUGUACUUCGACGAGAAUAAGGAAAAUACUCAAUAGCAGUUGAUGCAGAAAGGUUUCAUUCAUCAUUCAUAAGUAACAAAUAAACAAAUUUUUUGCGGUGUCGUUGAUGGAUGGGAAUUCCAUUCUCCUGUUGUGCGACAAUCAUAACUUUGCAAACUGCAACAAUAAAGUGUAGCUCUUUGCAAUGGGACAGAAUCAAGGGAAAAAUUUGAAAAAAGCUGGCACCUUGGGAAAGAAGAAAGCAGAGAAAAACUACAUCGAAGAUUCUUCAGCAAUCUCCAAUCGUCCUCUGCCCGAUACUCCUCCACCUGGCGAAUUGAAAUCAGACUGGAAGUCUUUGGACAACUUGAAUACAGUUGAAUCAUGUGAUCCGCACUCUUUUAUUGUUCUGUUUGAUUUCAGAGGCAACGAUGAUGACCAACUUAAUGUCGUGGCAAAUCAGGAGGUAUGGAUUUUAUCUGACAAUGAUAAUGGAGAAUGGUGUCAUGGCCAGUUAAGAAAUGGUCAGAAAGGAUGGUUACCUAGAAACUAUAUUGCACGUAUCGAUAGCUUAGAUAAACAUUCGUGGUAUCAUGGACAAAUAUCACGCAUCAAAGCUGAAAUGGUUUUAAACAGUGGCAUUAAUGGUAGUUUUCUUGUUCGUGAGAGUGAAGCGAAUCCUGGCCAGGUUUCCAUUUCUAUACGAUUUGAUGGUCGUGUUUACCAUUAUCGUGUUAGCAAAAAUGCUGAAAACAAACUCUUCAUUUCUGCUGGUAGCAAGUUUUCCACACUUCCAGAGCUUGUGCACCAUCAUUCCCAGCAUUCUGAUGGUUUGGUGACAACACUGCAUUAUCCAGCACCCAAGACUGAUAAACCCACUGUAUAUGGUACUCAUAGGCCAGAUAAAUGGGAAGUGAGUCGCGAUGAGAUUUGCAUGAAACAACGUUUGGAUGCAGGCCAGUAUGGGGAGGUUUAUGAAGGACUGUGGACAAGGAAUAAUACAAAAGUUGCUGUUAAAACGCUCAAGGAAGAGGCAAUGGAAGUUGAUGACUUUUUACGUGAGGCAAAUAUGAUGAAGCAACUGAAACAUAAGAAUCUUGUUCAGCUACUGGGUGUCUGUACUCGAGAGGCACCAUUUUAUAUCAUCACGGAGUUUAUGGAGGGCGGAAAUCUUUUAGAUUAUCUUCGUGAUACAGAAAAAAGUAAAGAUCUAGAUCCACUUACUUUGAUGUACUUUGCAACUCAAGUAGCUUCAGCUAUGAUGUAUCUGGAGAGUAUGAAUUUUAUUCAUAGGGAUUUAGCAGCUCGAAAUUGCUUGCUCGGAAGCAAUAACAUUGUGAAAGUUGGUGAUUUUGGUCUAUCGCGUUUACUUCUUCGUGACGACAUGUACACAGCAAGACAAGGUUCAAAGUUUCCCAUCAAGUGGACGGCACCGGAGGCCCUUGCAUAUAACGAAUUUACAGUUAAAUCGGACGUAUGGGCAUUUGGAGUUUUGCUGUGGGAGAUAGCGACGUAUGGUAUAUCACCUUAUCCAGGUCUUGAUUUGUCUCAAGUGUACGACAAAUUAUUGACUGGCUAUCGCAUGCAAGCACCUGCUGGUUGUCCUGACGAGGUCUAUCAGCUUAUGAGAAAAUGUUGGGAAUUCGAACCCAUGGAUCGUCCUUCCUUUAAAGAAAUACACAAGGAGCUGAAUGAAAUGUUCGAAUCGAAACCAGUCAACGAAGUGGUUGAAAGAACAUUGGAGAAGAAUCGAACGUUUGGUAAUACACUCUCUAUGAAGUUUAGAACGGACAGGAAGACCAAAGAGAAGAAACUGAAUAGGUCUGACAACUCGUCAGAUGAUCAGCCACCUCGACCACCGCCAUCGAGCUCCAAGCCACCUCCCCUUCCUUCAAUGACUUCCCGACCAUCGACUUCUGCAUCACCCAUCCCAAAUUUACCUACUCCAUCAGCUGGUCGACCACCUGCGCCACUACCGUCUAGUUCCAGGCCUCCACCUCUUCCUUCGACGAAUUCCCGACCAUCGACUCAAGCAACAACAUCCAUCACAAAUUUCUCUGUUCCAUCAACGGGUCGACCACCUCCACCAGGCUCAAGAAUCAGUAAUUUGCAGUCGAAAAUUGCACCAGUCGUACCAAAUCUCUCCGAGAUUGGAAAUGUGAGACUUAGACCAACUAAUAAUGCUGUAAAAGCACGCCUUAAAGAAACUCCUGAACGUGGCGAAGAAGAGUCUUGGAGUAAAAGUAAUGUUGCUAACUUGCGCUCUCGUCCAGGUCCUAUAUUACCAAACGACGACCAUGUUCCACCACCUGUACCAAGAACAACUCGUGCAAAUGCGUCCAACGACUUUACUACGGUCUCACAACCCAACAGAAUGAAACCAAAGCUUCCACCUUCCAGAAAUCGACCGCCUCCCGCAUUGCCAAAAGCAACGUCAUCAAAUCACGUGGAAAGCCAUGAUGGAAUGGACAAUGUUCACGGUUCAAUACCUGUAUCACCUUCCCUCCGACAAAAACAUAGAAAUUUGCCACCCCCACCGGUCCCUCAUGACAAUGAACUAAACGGUAAUAUGAAAAAUACAUUUACAGGUCGACAACUUCCACCUGUGCCGUCAGCAUGGGGUAGAAGCUCGAGGGAGAAUGGAACCGAGCAUCCGUUGCCACCUGUGCCAAAGCCUAAACCUCUACCUCCUCCAAAACCUAAACUACCUGUUAAACCUAGUUUUCCCCCGAGGUAGAGCUGUUAUUUUAUAAAACUAGGAUGUAUUGUAAACAAUUAUUGCUUAAAGUCAUUUCUUUAAAGUCAAAUGAACAAGAAUGUAACUGCAAAACUUGUUAGAGUUUUGCUAAAUCAUUUUGAAAGAUGGUUUUGACCAAGGGACCGAGAAUCAUAUAUGUUUACUCCAUAAUUAAAUGAUAAGUGAAUCAUAUUCUUACGUUGUAAAUAAUAAAAUACAUAAAUCGUCAGUGAAUUUAGGUUGUAUGGUACCAUCACCAAAAACAGUUUUGCUAAUACUUGUAAUUAUCAAAGAGGAGCUGGUAUAAGAAUUCGUUCGCUCGAAGCUAAUACAUCGAUUUUACGACGCUUUUACGUAUAAAUAAAUAAGAAAACUAUAA